AUGACAACAAAGAGCGAAUUGCAAAAGAAGGAGAAAGAAUUGAAGGAAAAAUUAAGCUUAUUUGCGGGAAGAAAAAAGGAACAACAAAAGGGUGCAACAACGAAACAAAUAUUAAAAAACUUAGGAAAGGAUGAGUCAUCAAAGAAGAAAAGUGAAAUAUUAAAGCAAUGUAGGAAGUCAUCGGUAGACGGGAAGGUAUCAAAAGAGCGCAAGACCGGUUCCAUGCGACGAGUGAAAUCCUGUUCAAUGCACGGAAAUACCACCGGAAACAUUGAAACGGUUGUCACUACCUUAUUGGCUGUUGAAAACUUCUGGCACGUGCUACUACGUCUUGGCUGCAUUCUGGGGAUAUUUUAUAUUCAAAUAGCGUCAAAGAAGAAGAAAAAGAGAAUUGAAAAUCAGUUGGCUCAUCAAGAAAUAUUUGAAAACUCGGAGACUGAAAUUUCAAACUAUCAUUCAACUGGAAUCAGUGCUUCAGCAACACAUACUCCUUCAGAGAUAAGCCUAGAAAAGGAAGGCGGUGAUGUAAAUUUGAAAUUAUCAAAUGAUAUGACUGAAAAGAGAUCAAAAAAUAAAACUGAAAAAGAAGAUGAAGAUGAUACAUUAUUUAAUGUAGAUCCCAUAAUGCCUGAUUUGGAUCUACCAUCACUUCGUUUAAAUGCCAAGAUGGAAUGA